UUUUAUCGCGUUAUCCAAUAGUUAAAAAUACCAAAAGGAGCCAGAAUGCAGCCAUCUAAAAUAUAUCAAUUUUGCGCUUUAUUAAUUUUAAUUUGCUUAAGUUUAACAAAAGCUAGACCAGUGCAAGAAGAAGUGCAGCACCGAAUCGUACAACCCACUUGGCUCGCGGACAAUAAUCGCGCAGAAAUGCCUUCCGAUGGCAAAGUACGCAUAACGCCGGAGAAUCUGCGCGAGACAGCUGAGUGGCGUGCAAUCAUACAAAAGGCAGUUAAUGAGGGGCGUUACGCGGUGGACUUAGAUCACGAUCUAUCAGAAUUUAAUCCAGAAGAGUAUUUCCGGUCGCAACCCUUUCCACAACCGCCGCCACAAUUCGGUCCACCGCCACAAUUCGGUCCACCGCAACAAUUCGGUCCACCGCAACACAAUUCGGUCCACCGCAAAAAUUCGGUCCACCGCCUGUAUCGCCGUUUAAUCCACCCUGGCUACCGUUGGCACCGCCGCCGCAACUUAAUCCUACGCACAGCAUGUGGAACGAUUUUAUGGAGAAUACGCGCCGCUUUAGGGGAAGAAAUUAAGUUAUAAAAGAUAAUAUUUGUAUAAGUACCGUUGUUUUUUUAAUACCUUACCUUCUUAACUAAUUUUUGAAAGUUUAUUUAUUUGUUCAGUAUUAUUUUGUUAUAUGUAAAUUGAUUUCGUAUAUUUUCUUAUAAUCGGGAAAUUUUAAAUGUUUUGAUUAUACAAAAAGUUUUGGAAAAUAAAUAUUUUAGAGUUAAAAUUUAAUUGAAAA